AUGGGCUUCGGCGACUUCGACUCGAUAUGUGCGAAAACACCACUCCCGCUAUGCCCGCUCGUGGGCCCGUUAUCGCCCAUCACUGGAGCGCAUAGCAUUCAAACGAACUGCUACUCGCGAACCGUGGAGCUGGCCAAUACCAUGAUCUUUCAGGGAGCUGCGAGCUUUGCACACAUUCUUGCGCUUAUCAUGCUGGUCAUUAUGAUCAUUCAUGUACGGAGCAAGUUCACAGCAGUCGGCCGCAAAGAGAUCACGUCAUUUUUUUACGCAUACACGCUCCUCACAAUGUGCUCCCUUGUUGUCGACGCGGGCGUCRUACCACCCUCGAGCGCCGUCUAUCCAUACUUUGUCGCCGUACAAUGCGGUCUGGCUUCCGCGACUUGCAUUUGCUUGAUGAUCAAUGGAUUUGUGGGAUUCCAGCUAUAUGAGGAUGGAACUACACUCUCCGUCUGGUUGCUACGGACAUGCAGUGUGGCCAUGUUCUUGAUAUCAUUCGCAGUGUCGCUCUUGACUUUUAAGAACUGGGCAGGAUUGGGACCGGAGAACACAAUCGGUCUGUUUGUGGUGGUCUACCUCUUCAGUGCCCUGUGUUUGUUCGUCUAUGUGGUUAUGCAGAUCCUUCUGGUUAUUGGGACACUGCAGGAGAGAUGGCCGCUCUGGCAUAUCGCUUUCGGCGUUGGAGCAUUGAUCAUCGGGCAGGUGAUUCUCUACGUUUUCAGCGAAGUCAUCUGCGAUAACGUGGCGCAUUAUGUGGACGGCUUGUUCUUCGCCACUUUGCUAAACUUGCUUGCCGUUAUGAUGGUCUACAAGUACUGGGAUUCCAUCACCCGGGAAGAUCUCGAAUUCUCGGUUGGGGCGAAGACGAGCAAUUGGGAGGUCAAAGAUCACUUUCCCCUCUACGACGAUGAGAGGAGAAACACGUUCGAGCAAAGCGACUCUGGAAUGCUGCACGGUCACCGCAAUUCUGCAUACAACUACUAA